AUGAUUUCAUCUUAUGUGAAUGAAGAUCAGAUACCGGGGCUGCUUUGCCUGUGUGAGAUGGACUGUGCUUUCAGCAGAUCUUACAGAAUGUCUGUUUCGGAAGGUUUGCUCAGGUCCCUGACCCUUCUGGUCUCCCAGCUGUGCUUUGCUACAGCUGCCUUCCCCGCCUUCCUGCCAUGCAACAACCAGGGAAAACUGACAAUCGACUGCAGUGCUCAUGGCCUGAGCAAGGUCCCCCAGUUCCAGACUCCCACCCAUGAAGUGACGACUCUCCUGCUGAACGCAAACCACAUCACCCAGAUCUACAACAAGUCUUUCUCCUCUUUCCCCAGCCUAAGACACCUGGACCUGGACUGGAACUGCCUGCAGUCACAGAAGAUAGAUCACACAGACUGCUUGAUGCAUAUCGAACAUGGAGCUUUCCUCCAGCUCACCCAGCUAGAAGAGCUCCACUUGCAGGGUAACGGCUUGAAAAUCAUCCCCCCUCUCCUCUCAUCACUCCAAAGCCUAAACCUCGGCUACAACCAGCUACAGUUUUGGAAGCCUACUAAGAUGUUCAACCUAGGGAAUCUAAAGACUUUGUAUAUGGAUGGGAACUGUUACUAUAAAAAUAAGUGUCACACCGGCGUGCAUAUCCACAAAGACUUCUUUGCAGGCAUGAACGAGCUGAGGAACCUCUCUCUAGGAUACAACAACCUGACAGAGGUCCCCAGGAACCUCCCACCCAGCCUGGAGCUCCUCUUCCUCCAUUACAACCAGAUACAGUCCAUGCACCCAGGGGACUUCAGUGGCCUGGGGAACCUGACAACCCUAGACCUCCAGACCUCCGCGGAGUGCAUACCCUGCCUGCCUGGCUCUGUAAACCUAGAUUCAGACUUGUUUGCAAACCUGAGUGCGCUCAUUUGGUUGUACUUGAACGAUAACUCUCUUUUCUCGCUCAACAAGUCCCUUUUUGUGCCCCUGGUGAAUCUAGAGGUUCUGGAACUUUCGAACAACUUCCUUGCCAGGGAGACAGACAAUGACUCUGGUCUCCUUUUAGGAGAACCAACCUUUCACAGCUGUGUCAAACUUAAGAACCUCAACCUCUCGUUUACCUAUAGGAAGAACACUACUUUCCAUAAGCUCUACCUCUCUGAUGAUUUCAUUCACAUGAAAGCAUUGGAAAAGCUGACCAUCACAAGUUGCUUCUUUCAGAGUGUGGACGAGGCUUCCAUUAGACCUCUGGCCAAACUGCUCAGGCUGAACAGAAUAGAGCAUCGGCUUAAUUUUAUCAACAAACUCAACCUGCAGCUCUUUGCCAACAAGACUUCCCUCAAAUACAUUGGUCUUUCUGAAAAUGAAAUCACCUGCCAGAACUGCAGAGAAUUUCCAGGUGUUACUCCAUCCCACAGGAAACUACUUUCCUUUGGUCCUGCAGGAAUGAACACAACAGGGAUUCAGAGCGACUACCCCCAGGAGCAGCAAACAUUCAUUUCCAUGCUUCACAGAUGCAGCCCCUACAAGAUGUUGAAUCUGAGGAAGAAUAACCUUGUCUUCAUCCAACCUGAGCUGUUCCAAGGUUUCGAGGACAUUGAGUGCCUGAUCCUGUGUCACAAUAGCAUAAGUCAGGCGUUCGACAGGAACCAGUUUACUAACCUGAAGGACCUCAAAUUUCUGGAUGUCUCGUACAACAGGAAUAACUUGAAGGGGCUUUUUUCUGAGCUGCAAAGCCUGGAGGAGCUGGACCUGAGCAACAACAAUUAUCACUUCAUUUUGAGCGAGAUGGGACACAAGUUAGACUCUGUUGCAAAGCUUUCCUCCCUCAGGGUCCUAAACCUGGGCUUCAAUUCCAUCUCUGCCAGGAUCUCACAGCGCGUAUAUAGAGCCUCGGUAAAGGAGUUCAUUUUCAGAGGCAACCGCCUGGACAUCAUGUGGCCCACUGAAAUCUACUUUGAAUUCUUUCAGAAUCUGAACAAUUUAACCAUGCUGGACUUACCACUAAAUCAUCUCACAAGCUUACCUUCAAAGGUCAUACAAAAGCUGCCGUCGACUUUAAAAUCCCUGUACCUCCUAAAAAAACGAGCUCACCUAUUUCCCUUGGGAAGCACUGAGAAAGACUUCUUCCACAAUGCUACAAUGCUGUCUAGCCUCAACCUGAGCUACAAUCAGAUGCAAAGAGUGGAGUUCACCGAUGGCUUGUUAAGGACCCUGAGUGUGCUCGACAUCAGGAUGAACCCCUUGAUCUGCAUGUGCGACUCCACUUUUUUUGAAUUGGUAAGCAGGUUUAACAUCUCCAUCCCCUUCCUGACCAACCAGGUGACAUGUGGAUCCCCUUACCUGCUGAAAGACAAGAGCAUCGUCAGCAGCGGCGCAUUAGUCUGCUCCGACAGCCACAACGUGUUCUUGUUUUUCUCCUUGUUCCUCUUGACUCUUCUGUUCGUGAUCGUCCCAAUGCUCAAACAGUUCCUGGGCUGGGACGUGUGGUAUGCCUUCUAUAUCUGGUCUGCCCGAUCCUGGGGGCUCUUUACAAAGAGCACCGAGAGCAAAGACUUUGAUGCCUUCGUUGUGUUCGACAAGGGACAAGGGCCCGUGUCAGACUGGGUCUACAACGAGCUCAGGGUUCAUCUGGAGGAGACUGGGAUCCAUCAGUUAAGGCUGUGCCUCGAAGAAAGAGACUGGGUCCCAGGACAUUCUUCCAUUGAGAACCUGUACAGCGCUGUCCAAAACAGCAAGAAAACAGUGUUCGUGCUCUCCAAGGGACAGCCUGUGUGCGGGAUUCUGAGGGAGACCUUCUUCAUGGCCCAACAACGGCUGCUGGAUGACAAGGAGGAUGUCAUGGUCUUUAUCCUCCUGGAGAGGGCGCUGAAAGGCUCCCGCUACCUCCAGCUUCGCAGGCUCCUCUGCAGGGAAACGGUUCUUGUCUGGCCCCAGAACCCAUGUGGUCGAAGCUACUUCUGGCACAGGCUGCGCUGCGUCCUCAGCAAGGACAACCAGAGUUACUACGACCGCAACUUCAGCCUGAGCUUUGAGGGCUGA